AUGGAAGUCACCAUGGAGGUCAUGGAGGAGAAUGCCACCAAUACCUUCACCAAGUUCCCUUCUAUGCUCAACCCCCACGGAGCCCAAGCUGAUUCCUCCUUCCCAUUCACCUUCAGCUAUGGAGACUAUGAUAUGUCUUUGGAUGAAGAUGAGGAUGUGACCAAUUCCCGGACUUUCUUUGCUGCCAAGAUUGUCAUUGGCCUGGCCCUGGUGGGCAUCAUGCUGGUCUGUGGCAUUGGAAACUUUAUCUUUAUUGCUGCCCUGGCCCGCUAUAAGAAGCUGCGCAACCUCACCAACCUGCUCAUCGCCAACCUGGCCAUCUCUGACUUCCUGGUGGCCAUUGUCUGCUGCCCUUUUGAGAUGGACUACUAUGUGGUGCGCCAGCUCUCUUGGGAGCACGGCCACGUCCUGUGCACCUCUGUCAACUACCUGCGCACUGUCUCUCUCUACGUCUCCACCAAUGCUCUGCUGGCCAUCGCCAUUGACAGGUAUCUGGCCAUCGUCCACCCUCUGAGGCCGCGGAUGAAGUGUCACACGGCCACCGGCCUGAUCGCCUUGGUGUGGACGGUGUCCAUUCUGAUCGCCAUUCCUUCCGCCUACUUCACAACCGAAACGGUGCUCGUCACCGUCCAGAGCCACGAGAAGAUCUUCUGCGGCCAGAUCUGGCCCGUGGACCAGCAGCUCUACUACAAGUCCUACUUCCUCUUCAUCUUCGGCCUGGAGUUCGUGGGCCCCGUGGUCGCCAUGGCCCUGUGCUACGCUCGGAUCUCCCGGGAGCUCUGGUUCAAGGCGGUGCCCGGGGUGCAGACGGAGCAGGUGCGCCGGCGGCUGCGCGGCCGCCGCAGGACGGUGCUGCUGCUCGUGGGCAUCCUCACGGCCUACGUGCUGUGCUGGGCGCCCUUCUACGGCUUCACCCUCGUGCGCGACUUCUUCCCCGCCGUGUUCGUCAAGGAGAAGCACUACCUGACCGCCUUCUACGUGGUCGAGUGCAUCGCCAUGAGCAACAGCAUGAUCAACACCCUGUGCUUCGUGACGGUCAAGAACAACACGGUCAAGUACUUCAGGAAGGUCAUGCUGCUCCACUGGAAGGCGUCUUACAACGGGAGUAAGUCCAGCGCAGACCUGGAUCUCAAAACGACGGGCAUGCCCGCCACCGAAGAGGUGGACUGCAUCAGAUUAAAGUGA